AGCACUUAUUAACGACAAUAAUUUUUCAUAUUAAAAUUUAUCAGUGUGAAUAACAACGCUUGAGUGUUUAAAAAUGUUUUCGUAACAUUUAAUAAACCACUCAACGAGAUAAAAUCUCAAGUAAUAUAAGCCGCCGAGGUUUACACUUCCAGCAGUUUUCCACUGUUAAUCACUAGAAACAAAAUGAAUAAACUUUUGGUCUUCCUGGCUCUGUGUAGCGCCUUCAUCGUGCUACCAACCUCAGGAAGAGUCGUCUGCUACUUCACCAGCUGGACCAUCUACAGACCCGACCAUGGUAAAUUUAGCGCUUCGAAUAUCGACCCCAAUCUUUGCACCCAUAUUCUCUACGCUUUCGUUGGUCUUCGUGAAGACGGGACCGUGUCAGUCUUGGACGAUUGGGAACUGACAGGAUUAGAGGAAAUGGCUCAUCUACAGGCUAUUAAAGAACAAAAUCCGGAUUUGAAGCUGAUCCUCAGUAUGGGUGGAUGGAAUGAAGGAUCUGCCAAAUAUUCAACAGUCGCUGGAAAUCCUUCCCUGAGACAAAGCUUAGUUGAUUCUGUUUUAGCUUUCAAUGAUCAGUAUGGAUUAGAUGGUUUUGAUUUGGAUUGGGAAUACCCUUGCCAAAGAGGUGGUGUUGAUGCUGACAAGGCCAACUUUAUCACUCUCCUUGGUGAACUGAAAUCUGCCCUUAACGCUAGAGGACAAACCCUUUCCGCGGCUGUGUCCGGAGGAAUUGCUUCCUGCAAACUUUCUUAUGAUAUUGCUGCAGUGGCAGAAAACCUCGACAUGAUCAACGUCAUGGUCUACGACUUCCACGGUGCUUUCGAACCCUUCGUUGGUCAUUACGCUCCUCUGUAUGCCUCUUCUCUUGACCAAACUGACGAGCAAAAGACUCUGAAUGUAGCUGCUGGUAUUGAAUACUGGCUAGAUCAAGGAGCUCCAGCCAGUAAAAUCAAUAUUGGUCUUGGAACUUAUGGUCGUGGUUUUUCUUUGGCUGAUGCUGCCAACACUUCCCUGUACGCAGGUACUUAUGGUGGAAGCGAAGCAGGUCCAUAUACGCGUGAAAUGGGUGUUAUUGGAUAUAACGAGGUGUGUGAAUUAUACAGCAAUUGGGAAUAUAUCUGGGACGAUGAACAACAAGUACCUCAUAUUGUAAAUGGAAACCAAUGGAUUGGCUUCGAUGAUGCUAGGUCUCUUCAAAUUAAAGUCGAAUAUGCCAAUUCCAAGGGUCUAGGAGGUGCUAUGGUGUGGUCUUUGGAUACUGAUGACUUCAGCGGGAUCUGCGGUGGAGGAAAAUAUCCGCUGCUCAAUACCAUCAAUCAAUAUCUGAACUAAUUUAGUACCAGCAAGUUGUAUAUAACAAUCUGUGUUGAAUUUUUAUAUCAGCAGUUUAUUAAUAAACUUAACAAAAAAAUA